UCAAAAUUACACCCAAAAAAGUGGCGCCAAAUACACCAGCUAUGCCUGCCUCUUUCGCGCGCAGAAUCUCUGGAUGCCAUAUGCAUAUAAUGGAUACACACACAACCCGUAUUAAUCUGCUCAAUAAACGUCAAUUGCUGAAGAUCAUUCCCGGCUAUUCAAUUCUACGACGUGCUUAAAGAUGACGGUUUUAGCCACACGCCGCUCGCCUAGACUCGCCGGCGGGAACAAAGCAGCAGAUCCGGUGGCCGUCAACGUGGAGAUGCAAGUCUCUACUCCUCAGAAACGUAGAUUCGGGUCCGAUUCUUCUCUAACGAAUGGUCUGGUUUCUUCAACUCCUCUGCCGGUGGAAAGGUCUCCGGCGAAAUUGAAGUCGCCUCGGCGAUGCCUCAUUGACAGCCCGAGCAGUCCCGCAAAGGGAAUUGGGGAAAACACUGGUGAUAAAGCAGUAAAAAUGAGUAAAUCUCCGGUCAAAAGGAGGUUAAUGGAGAGUUUUAUUGAGAAACCGCUCUGGAAUUCUAGAGAUCCCGAGCAAUUAAAUGCUGUGAAGGAGGCAUUGCAUGUAUCUACUGCUCCAUCAACCAUAAUGUGUCGAGAUGCUGAGCAAAAUCGUGUUCUGGAAUUUUGCAAGCAAUGUGUUGAGCAGGGGAAGGCUGGAAGUUUGUAUGUUUCUGGGUGUCCAGGGACUGGGAAGUCACUCUCAAUUGAAAAGGUCAAAGAAGCAUUGGUUGAUUGGGCUAAGAAGGUGAACUUUCAACAACCAGAUAUAUUAACCAUCAACUGCACUUCUCUGACAAAGACUUCUGAAAUUUUCAACAAGAUACUUGAAAAGAUUCAACCUAAGAAAAAACUCAGUGGCUCUACAACACCAUUGCAGCUUCUUCAGAACCUAUUCUCUCUUAAGCAGCAAGCCGGUACAAGCAUGAUGUUAAUAAUAGCUGAUGAGUUGGAUUAUUUGAUAACCCAAGACCGAGCUGUGCUUCAUGAUCUAUUCAUGCUAACAACAUUUCCUUCCUCCAGAUGUAUUGUAUUAGGAAUUGCUAAUGCAAUUGACCUAGCUGAUAGAUUCCUUCCAAAACUGCAAUCCUUGAACUGCAAGCCAAUGGUCAUAACAUUUCGUGCAUACUCCAAGGACCAAAUCAUCAUGAUUCUUCGACAAAGAUUGGCGGCACUUCCAUACAUUGUCUUCCAGCCUCAAGCACUGGAGCUUUGUGCUAGGAAAAUUGCAUCUGCAUCUGGAGAUAUGAGGAAAGCACUGUCAAUUUGCAGGAGUGCAAUUGAGGUGUUAGAAACUGAGAUUAGAGACUCUAUCAACAGCCUAAAUUUGACUUCCCUUGAGACGGGAGUUUCUGAUGCCCCUUGCAAUAUAUUGCGGAUGCCAGAUAACAAUAUUGUAAGGGUUGAUCACGUUGCUAGGGCCUUAUCAAACGCGUAUAAAUCUCCAGCAGUGGACACCAUACAAUCUCUUCCUCAACAUCAACAGAUCAUUCUUUGCUCUGCUGUAAAACUGUUUCGAGGGGGGAAAAAAGAUGGCACAAUAGGCGAGUUGAGCAAAUAUUACAUAGAUGUCUGUAGAUCAACUUUAGUCCCAGCUGUUGGUGUUAUGGAACUGUCAAGUAUGUGCAGAGUGCUUGCUGACCAGGGUCUUCUAAAGAUGGGACAAUCUCGAGAAGUUAAAUUAAGAAGAGUAACCUUAAAAGUAGAUGAAGCAGACAUUACUUUUGCCUUGCAGGGUAUUCGCUUCUUUCGGAACUGUCUUCAAUAAGAAGCUGCUGAAUGACCAUCUAGUAUUUGCUUCGAUGCUGCUGUGCAUUGAGAGGAGAAGAAUUAGUUGCUAACAAAUUGAAGGAAGAGUAAUUUAUAUAGGAUGUCCUAUACAAAAAGUCAAAUGCUACUUGUAUUAUUUGCUUAUGAUUAAUAGAUAAAUUUGAGGAGCACAGCCUUGUAUACCAACCAUUAUGUAUGCUCUAUACAAAAGAAGUUAAAUUAAAUGUAUAGUAAUAUAUAAAUCUUGCAGGAA